GGUUGGUUAAAUGUUUCGACGGCUACAAUCAGGAAGACAGUGACCUAGUUGGUGAUUGGAGGCUGAGAAUCGAUGGCGACGAGGCUGAAAUCGAUGGCGACUUUGCCAAAACUGAUUCAAAGCAUGAGAAACGAAGCUCCUAAGCAUUCGAACCCUGUUUUGCCAUCUCUGAGACGAGCUUUCUCCCUCUACGACCAGAUCAAUCUCAUUGACAAUGUCCCCGAAGACCAGCUCCGCUUCCAAGAGUUUAAUGAGACGAGCUUCACGGUGAAUGGAGUCAAAUACGAAGGUAGCUUGCUCUGUGUUGGGAACUUGCUCAUGUCUUGGACCCCUCGUCAAUUCUCCGACAUCACCCCUGAUAGCUUGUCUAUCUUCCAGACGGUUCGACCCAUUCCAGAGCUCUUAAUUGUUGGUUGUGGAAGAAACAUUCACCCGGUAACUCCCGAGCUCCGUCAGUUUGUCAAGUCUAUUGGCAUGAAGCUAGAAACCGUUGAUUCUAGAAACGCUGCAUCAACUUACAACAUUCUGAAUGAAGAAGGAAGGGUUGUUGCUGCUGCAUUGCUUCCAUAUGGAGUUACAUCUUAAAGAAUUUUCUAGCAACUCGAGCUCGGUCUGUAUAACUGUAGAUGAAUGUUUGAGACUUUAUCUCUUGUGAAAAUAAACCGAAACACAUCGGAUUUUUCUUGCUUCUCGAGGUUAAUAACAGACGUUGUAACAAACAUGAACCUUUUCAUUGCAUUUCUCACCUUUCUAUAUAUCUCGGAGUUUGCUUA